AUAGCAAUAGCAAAAGCAUGUGGGGAUUGGAGUCAUAAGGUGAAGUCUCUGUCUGUCUGUGUCUGUGUCUGUGUGUGUGGAGUGAAGAAGAAGGAAAGAAGAAGCAGUGUCAGUGAGAGAAUGGAGAAUCGUUGGAGAAAUGGAAGGAUCAUCAAGUUCGCAAGUCACACGUUGCAGUUGCCUCGUAUUAAUCCAACGCUUUUGCCAAAUCCUUUCAUUGCUCUGAUAAUUUCAUGGAGAACACAGGCGCAGAUGCUGCUCAACUUCAAACUCAAAUUCAUACUCAUCCUGCUCAGACAAAACCAUGUGGUGAUGGAAGUGAUAAUGGUGACAAGGCCUCCUUGAUUCGUCAGUCCAGAAGACCAACUCUCUCCUCGCUGCAAAUACCAGCACGAUCACUGGAUAUUGCGUUGUCUUCUUUUGCAAAGACGGAUGCUCCUUCACCUUCAGUUUCGCUGUCAAGUCCUGGUUCCGCUGCCAGAGGACUUCCUCCGAGGCCCAAUUCAGCCAGAGUCAGACCUCGGGGGAAAUCGUCUAGCAGGACAAAAACUUGUUCCUCCGACACUGAGAGGACAGUUCUCAUUGUUCCUCAUACUCCCCCAUCAGAUGCUCCUUUGGAUAUACCUUCCCCUUCAAGGUUUCGGUCUCUUACUAAUAAGGCCAUCUCUUCCCCGUCAAUUAAAGCUGCACAUUCAUUACCAGUUACUCCACUUACAACUUCAGGUGCAGAGAAUAUGCACGGAAGACAUCUAGGGUGUGACUCUGGUUUAAGUACACUGGAAGUUCAGCAGCACAUGACUCGAUCAUUUUCUGUUCCAGUUAAUGGCAAUGCCACUAAUUUAAAGCGUACAGAUUCUAGGGGUUUGAUUCGUAUUAUUUCAGCAAAACAACAUCUUGAAGCUGUAGGUGGAACAUCAACCAAUGAUUCUUCAGUCCUAGAGAUUGCCAUUGAAGAUGCUACAGAAGAUAUUUCAGAGGAAGAAGCUGUUUGUCGGAUUUGUUUGGUGGAGCUUGAGGAAGGAGGGGAUACUCUUAAAAUGGAAUGCAGUUGCAAAGGUGAUCUUGCACUUGCUCACCAAGACUGUGCAGUUAAGUGGUUUAGUAUUAAAGGAAACAGGACAUGUGAUGUCUGCAAGCAGGAUGUCAAAAACCUCCCAGUAACACUGUUGAAAAUUCAGAAUACUCAAACUUCUUCUAGGCAACCAUCAAAUGCGCCACAACAGAGAGAAAUAGCUUAUUACAGGAUCUGGCAGGAUGUACCGGUACUUACCUUGGUCAGCAUGCUUGCUUACUUUUGCUUUCUAGAGGAACUACUGGUUUCAGAUUUGGGCCCUCGUGCUCUUGCCAUUUCGCUACCCUUCUCCGGUGUUUUAGGUCUGUUUUCAUCUAUGAUUGCGUCAACCAUGGUGAGCAGGAGUUACGUAUGGGCUUAUGCUUGCUUCCAGUUUGGAAUUCUUAUCCUGUUUGCUCAUGUAUUUUAUGCUAUUCUUAAUUUUAAUGCAGUUCUCUCCAUUCUCCUUUCCUCUUUCAUUGGAUUUGGCAUUGCAAUCAGUAUGAAUUCUCUCCUUACCGAAUUUAUGAUAUGGAGAGCAAGUAGGCAGUUUCAAUCUUCCAAUGAGAAUGUUAACACGACAGAGCAGCAGCGCCGUGAUCAUGCACAACGAGAGGAACAGGAAGAACAAGGACAGCGUCAUCAACUACGCAGAUAACAAGAGCAUCAUCUAUGGCAGUAGUUCCUCUCCCAGCAUUUGAUACAACUGGUUUAGUCAGUUUUCACCAAUUAUGAAUUAUUUUGUUUAUUUAUUUUACCUAAAUUUCUAAGAUGUAUAAAUAGGGAUUUCCAUUUAUUUAUUAAUGUUUUAUAGCUUAUGUCUA